AUGGUUCGACAAAGUCAGAGAAAGAAGGCGCCCCUUCCAGAACGUUUUCGCAAUGGAGAUUAUCAAGAAGCUUCUUCUUCAUCCCAAUCUGCAGUGCCAGCUCCUACUACACCUGCUUCAAUUGCUUCCGUAUCCUCAACUGCUUCACGACCAACUCCUUCGUACUCCUCCUCAUCCUCACCAAGUGUUACACCUGACAGUCCUAUUCCAGUCGUUAGAAGAGCUGGUAAACUCUGGAGAGAACAACAAAGAGCUUUGUUGCCGUCAAGAGCUGAGGUGGAUGGUUCGCCGGAACCAGAUAUCGAAGAACCUCCAGCUUCUAUUGCGUCAGCUCAGCCAGUUGAGCCUGCCCAGAUGCCAGCUCGUACACCUGCUGAUGACUAUGACAUCAACUCACCUUACUUUGGCUUGAACCACACACCAGACGCUGCGAAGCUGAUGCUCUUCCAUGAACUCACCAAGAUGAUGUCAUUCAAGAAUCUUGUCUCGUUCCUCGGACUCACCGAUCUUCAACUCAUCGAUUUCGCCGAAGUUUACGAAGCUGAGGCCCAGCGGGAUGAGCUAGAACGUAAGCUCACACAUGUUGCGAUGAAACGAUUGGACAGUAUUCGACGAAACGAGAACCGUUGUAUCACAAUUAAGGAUUUUGACUUGGCUUUAUUGGAGGAGGUCGAUCUGAAGUUACCAGAUACAGUUCUUGAAUCUCCAAUUUCGCUUUCCGACAUUGGAAAAGCUAUCGGCUUUCUUCAGAGCUGUCAUGGCUCCCAAAUUGCUGAAAACCAGUUGAACAAUGGCCGAGGCAGAAACAAUAACACGCUUUCAUUGUUUGAAGUCAAUGAGAUCGUUGCGGAGAUGGGACAAUAUGCUCGGCUUGGUAUCAACUUUCAUUGGGACUUUGAACAUGAAUUGGGCUUGAGAGAGUACAUCGAGAGUGAGACUAUUCUUGCUGGAGGUGUUGAAGGAGUCGUGCUUCCUGGUGACGAGGCUGAGCAGCCAGCUCUUCCAAUUGGACGCCCGAAGAAGCGAGGCAAGCAUUUCCCUAAUAAGCCCCUUCGGAACAAAUCAGAUCUCUUGAAAAUGGUCUUACCGUCUAAGUUGCAGCAAAUGGAGAGUGUUGGAGACGAGGCUGGAAAGAAGGCUGAGGGUAGUGGUUUGAACAAAGGAAAGGGUCGGGGAAAUUGA